UGCUACCACUGUUCAUUGCGAGUUAUAUAUUCGGAGUUUUGGAUCCAUUAGCCCGGUUACCAUGGACUACGAGGUUGACCUGUAUUUGCGACAAAAGUGGCAGGAUGCGAGAUUGCAACAUAAAGACAUAACGGAAUCGCUGGACCUAAAUGAUCCAAAUUUAGUCAAAGCCAUCUGGAAACCUGAAGUUUACUUCCCAAAUGCAAAACACGCAGAAUUCCAAUUCGUUACUGUGCCCAACGUGUUAAUACGUAUCAAACCUGAUGGAGAUAUACUUUAUAUGCUCAGAUUGAAGCUCACAUUUUCAUGUAUGAUGGACCUGUCUAAAUUUCCAUUGGAUAAUCAAAUUUGCACAAUGGAAGUGGCCAGUUUUUCAAAAACUAUUGAAGAACUUCGAUUGGAGUGGAAAAAUACGGAUCCUGUACUAAUGGCCAAAGGAUUGAGAAUGCCACAGUUUGAAAUUGUAGACAUCGUGCCUUCUGACUGUCAAGAAUCAUUUCAAAUAGGCAAUUACAGUUGCUUGGUAGCGCAGUUCUACCUGAGCCGAAGCGUGGGUUUCCAUCUGGUCCAGAGUUAUCUGCCCACCAUGCUGAUCGUGGUAAUCUCCUGGGUGUCGUUUUGGAUGGACGUUGACUCGGUACCUGGCCGGACCACAUUGGGAGUGACUACGCUACUCGCCGUCGGUUCGCAGUCUUCGGGUAUCCAAAGUGGUCUGCCGCAAGUCAGCUACGUCAAGGCCAUAGACGUGUGGAUGGGCACUUGCACAGCCUUCGUGUUUUGCGCGCUGCUAGAAUUCACGGUGGUCAACUACAUGUGGAGAAAACUGAGACCAGACAUAUUAAGAAACAUACUAACGGAACCGGUGAAUGGUGGCACCGCAGGCACAAAACCAUACGAUGAAAAUCGACCCUCGUCGCCAGUCAUACCAGUCAGCGUGGUCAAAAAAAUCUUACAACAAGAGUGCGCGUAUUCAACGGCCGCGGAAACCAACACUGUGCUGGCGAGAAAAAUCGACGAAUACUCCAGACUGCUGUUUCCGGUCGCGUUCAUAGCGUUCAACGCGCUAUAUUGGCCGUAUUAUUUGCAAAACUAAAAAGAAAACACCGUCCCCGCGUCGCCGCCGCCGUCACAGCAACAGCAUCGCCUAUAUAAAGGACUGAAAUCUGCGACCAACGGACAACACGCGCUCGCCUAUAUAAUAAUAUUACACCACAAUCACCAUCCGCGUAUUAUAACGCCUCCGUUAUACACCCGCGUAAUAAUAAUAAUAAUAAUAAUAACAAUAAUUAUAAAAAAAAAUAUGAUCGUCGCAGCCCUCUCCGCGCGCGUGUGUAUUGUUUUCCCUUUACAAAAUCUCAGCGAAAAAUGAAAUAUACAAACACACUGCACGUCGUGUCUACUACGCACGCACUAUAACUUCACUGUUGCAGCAACUGCAGGUGCAGGAUACUUAUAUAUUAUAUACGUGCCGCGCAACAUGUCGAUAAAAUAUUUCGCUACGGUGUGAUGAUGAUGAUAUAUCAUCUACCACAGUAUAUUGUUAUUAUAUAGAUGACAUACAUUGACAUCUGGCCGAUAUUUCUGCUGUAUGCGACACAAUUCAUCGUCACAUCGGCGGCGGUGGCGGCGACAGAAUGACAUAGAAGAUUCCGCGUUAUGUCGUCACGAAUAACAUUAUGACGUCGACGUCCGGCUUGGUCCGUACGUCUCACUUCCAUACUAUUGUUUUUCCAUAAUAAUAAUAUGUUUAAAUUCUAUUUAUUUUUUUUGUCUGUCUCGGCAAACACAACAGACGUUCUCCGUAAACCAACCCUCUCCGGCACACAGUAUCACAACUACCCACACGACCUACUCCGCGAUUCGCACGCKCGUACAAAUAUUAUUAUGCGUCAUAAUAAUAUACUCAUACAAACAAUGACGGGCUCUUCGAUUAUUCAGAUCGGUUGAUCGAUUCUAGUCAUAUUUUUGUUCAAAUUACGAUUUUGUACGUUUUCCAGUAAGUAUGCCUAGUAAAGUUGUUGUUAUAAAGACAAUAUUUUCAAAUGCUUUAUAGAUUUAGAGGAGCGUCGUGAACUCAUAAUUAUUUUUACCAAAUGUGAACUAAUCCUUUAAACUGUAAAAUGUUAAGCAGAUGAUUUUUUUUUUUUAAUGUUGAUGUAUAAUCGAUUAUUAUCGUGUAUAACCGAAAAUCUGUUAACUAUAGUACCUAGUAUAGAAAUUUAAAUUAUUCGAGUAUUAUUGUUUAAAGAAAAAAAUUAGAUGGGUACAUAAUAGGUUUGAAAAAUAA